CUGACGUCAGCGCGUACUCAGAGCGUCGCAUCGUGGUAGUGGCUGCCCUUCACAUCCGUCCACAUCCUCCGAGGCUCUGCUCUCUGCGGUAACUCAACCAUGGCCCUGCUCAAGUCAAACAAGGUGAUCUACUGUCUGGGGAACAUUUCUCCUUCCCUGGGAGUCCUGUCCAUCCGCAACAGCUCAUGGUGGGGUGGGGUGCAGAUGGGUCCCCCCGAUCCCAUCCUGGGGGUGAGCGAGGCCUUCAAGAAGGACAGCAACCCCAAGAAGAUGAACCUGGGAGUGGGAGCCUACAGGGACGACCAGGGCAAGCCCUUUGUGCUCAGCUGUGUCCGCAAGGCCGAGGCUAUCAUCACAACCAAACAGAUGGAUAAGGAGUACCUUGGCAUUGGUGGUUUGGGGGAGUUCACCAAGUCUUGCGCCCAACUGGCUUUUGGUAAUGAUAACGAGGUCUUGAAAAGCGGCAGGAACAUCACUGUCCAGACCAUCUCAGGAACUGGAUCUCUGCGCAUUGGAGCCAACUUUCUGUCUCGUUUCCACGGAGGUCCACGUGAUGUGUACCUGCCCAAACCUUCCUGGGGAAACCACACACCAAUCUUUAGAGACGCAGGCAUGCAGCUCAAAGCGUACAGAUACUACGACCCGUCCACCUGUGGCUUCGACUUCACAGGAGCUCUUGAUGACAUCUCUAAAAUCCCAGAGCAGAGUGUGAUCAUGUUGCACGCGUGCGCCCACAACCCUACCGGUGUGGACCCCAGGCCUGAGCAGUGGAAGGAAAUUUCUGACAUUGUGAAGAAAAGGAACCUGCUGGUGUUCUUUGACAUGGCCUAUCAGGGCUUCGCCAGCGGAGACAUUGAUCGUGAUGCCUGGGCUGUGCGCUACUUCAUCGAGCAGGGACACAACAUCCUGCUGUCCCAGUCCUUUGCCAAGAACAUGGGGCUCUACGGUGAGCGUGUGGGCGGCUUCUCGGUGGUGUGUAAAGACGCAGAGGAGGCAAAGAGGGUCGAGUCUCAACUUAAGAUCCUCAUCAGACCCAUUUACUCCAACCCACCCAUGAACGGAGCUAGAAUCGCAGCAACCAUUCUCCACACACCUGAACUCUACUCAAUCUGGCUGGGUGAGGUCAAGGAAAUGGCUGAACGCAUCAUUAAGAUGAGAGAAAUGCUGGUGGCCGGUCUGAAGAAGGAGGGCUCCUCCCAGAACUGGCAGCACGUCAUCGAUCAGAUCGGGAUGUUCUGCUUCACUGGCCUCAAACCCGAACAGGUUGAGCGCCUGACAAAGGAGUUUUCCGUGUACAUGACCAAGGAUGGCAGAAUCUCCAUGGCAGGCGUGACCUCUGGGAAUGUGGGCUACCUGGCACAGGGGAUCCAUGCGGUCACCAAGUAGAGUGGAUCCUGCUGGGAGAGCUAUGAAAUCAAAGCAGCAGUGAUAUCGAGGAGCUCAAUGCGUCACUUAUUCUCUGUCUCCUCCAUUCCACCUUUUUAGAAAAGAGCACUAUGUUUAGUUAGGCAUUUUCUUGAUCGGAUUUCAUCACGAGUUUAACUUGGAAACGGUUUCUCCUGUCAAACCCAUUUAGAUUCAGUUUUUAUUUUUGGAUGGUUUACAUUUCACUUAACUGGCUCCCCUGCUAAAUUUUAAAUUGCAUGUCUUCCUCCUGACGGAUCAUCUUUGCUUAUUUAUUAUCUGGAAUCAACUCUUGGCUGUGCAUUACUGUUCUCCUCUAUGUGUGCUGUUCAUCUGCUUUGGGCUCACUCACUAUAAAACAUCCAGAUUCGGGGUAAUGUUAGACGGUGCACUAUUGAGAUCUCUGUGUCUUUGUGAAAGCCUGUAGAAUAUGUGAGUUUUUCUUCUUUCUUUGUUUUGUCUUAAUUCUAAUGGUGGCAUUUUAGCACUUUAUAAGUUGUAAUGCACUGUUUGCGUUUCCAGAUUAGGCAUAGCAUCCUGUUUUCAUUCGUCAAUCACAUAAUCAGUUCUCUAUCAGGCUAUCUGUAAUGGUCCAUCUGAACUAAUCAAUCAUCCAGUAAUGUCCUCAAUAUCUGUCUUUGGAAUUUUCCUAACCAUCUCCCUUAUAAUCAGUACUUUUCCAGAGGGUUUUGUAAAUCUUUUUUUGGUUUCAAUAGUUGGUGGCACAACAGCAGUUUUUCAGUCAGUCUUUUUUUUUUACCCCUUAUAUAAAAAACAAGCACACAAGCCAGUUUUAAUUUCAAUCAUGGAGACUUUGUAUUUAACACAAAUGUCUCUCAGUAUGGUUAAUAAAGAUGAGUGGGGUGCGUUCUGGGGUAAAGACAUAAACACAUGCUGCUCAUUCUCUCAGGCAUCUUGGUGUACAUGAAUCUGUUCAUCUUUGUGAGGGUGAGACACAAACGACAUUUCAAAACAUGGGGUUUGCCCCAAGUCUGCUCAUACUUCUGGUACUACGCCUCCAUGUUUUGCAUUCUGUCAGAAUAUAAUGGAUCACUGGACAUGUACCUUAUUGAACAAACAAUAAAUGGUAAUAGAGAA